AGUAGCAAUACGACAACGAUUAAAGGACCCAUGGCUACUUGGCAGAAACUUGAAAGCAGAACAUCUGAGCCCCUUGAAGAAGACACAAGUGGAUCCAAUGGCCACAUUUCGGAAUCAACCGCUGGUUUGGUGCUUGGCUCCAGCAUGAGAAUGAGUCCGACUCCAAAACGUGGAUCUUGGCCACGAUUCCUCUCCAGCCCAAAUGCAAUGAAGAGAGCGAUCAUUGUGCUGUACAUUCUCUUCGCCGUACAUUUUAUACUGUGGGCAAUGACAGCAGUGUCCCAGAGUAUGAGGCAAGGCAAUGAAGCCAAAACAGUUGAAACUGAUGUCAAUGAUCUUCAAAAAAACAUGACAUUGCCGUUUGAAAAAUACCAACAGUUGCCUGCAGGAGUGAUUGAUGAGACUGAAACUGCUACAUUUGAGUCACGUAGCCAGAAUGUUUAUCAUCAACACUCAGAUGUCAAAAGCCUCUUCUCUUCCACCGAGGAGUUGAAUUCAACGGUUCUGCUCUUGCAAUCCCAGCUCAAAACCCUGAAUGAUAAAACGGAGAACCUCUCAGACAUUACCACAGUUCAAAUGAACACGAACACUGCCAUAACAGAGCAGAGUAAGAUGCACAUCCAUCAAUUGCAGGAUAGGCUUGAGGGGGUGGAGAUGCUCCUGCAACAGUUGAUGAGUGCUGUCCAACGACUGAACCAGUCUUAUCAAGCGGAUAUUGCCUCCUACGGGAAUGACAUGCUCACUUUGAACUCUAUGGUGGCUAACGUGACCUACCAAUCCAUGGAGAUGAAGCAGACCCAAAGGGACAUGCAGAGGCAGCUGAAGAAUGAGAUGGAAAUUCUCAAGAAAGUGACGGAGGACGUGCGACUGAAUAACUGGGAGCACAGCAUCAAACUGCAGAACAUUACCAUAUUGACAGGUCCUCCUGGGCCAAAGGGGAACCAAGGCGACAUGGGGCACACAGGUGUACCUGGCAUGCCUGGCUCAAAGGGUGAAAGAGGAUUUACAGGUUUCCUUGGUCUUGCUGGACAGAAGGGAUAUCCAGGAGAAAAGGGGGACAUUGGACCCAGAGGGCCGUCUGGACUUCCAGGAACUCCCGGUGUCCGGGCAGAAAAGGGUAUGAGUGGAGACAAAGGUGACAAAGGUGACAAAGGUGACAAAGGUGAUCCAGACAACGUCAUAUUGCCCGUGGUGAGGCUUGUUGGUGGAAGAAGGUCCAACGAGGGGAGAGUGGAGGUGUUGCACGAUGGGCAGUGGGGCACCAUCUGUAACGACAACUGGAAUGUGCAGAAUGCGAAUGUCGUUUGCAAAAUGUUGGGCUACAGAAGUGCCUCUGCAUCACCUACCAUUGCGAGCCCAUAUGGCCAAGGGAGAGGUCCCAUCUGGAUGGAUGAGGUUGAUUGCAGCUCCACUGACACUGACAUCAGGAAGUGCAAGUUCAUCGGUUGGGGAAACCACAACUGCAACCAUAGCGAAGAUGUUGGUGUGGCCUGUGUUCCAUUGUGAUGCAAUUCACAACUUCUACUUUGGUGCUCAGCAAUGGCGUAACUACGUCAUCAGUGACGUAGUAACGACAUCAUCAGUGGCGUAGUAACUACAUAAGCAGUGGCGUAGUAACUACAUUAUCAGUGGCGUAGUAACUACAUUAGCAGUUGCGUAGUAACUACAUUAUCAGUGGCAUAGUAACUACAUCAUCAGUGGCGUAGUAACUUUGUUAUCAAUGACGUAGUAACGACAUUAUCAGUGGCGUAGUAACGACAUUAGCAAUGGCGUAGUAACUAUAUUAUCAGUGGCUUAGUAACUACAUUAUCAGCUCAGGAGUACGGGAAUUGGUCUGGUGGGGCCCCAACCUUAGAUUUGUCUCACACGGUCACACUUAUCGCGGCUCCUCUUGUCUAAUCACAUCAUUACGCUCACGGUCUCGAACAUUUAAUGCUGUAGGGGCACUCCGUCUUCGCAAAAUACAGCUCUGCUUGUCUACUCGGUUACACUAAGAUGACAACGACAUAGAAACAAACGGGUGAUGCGCAAUUUGCAGAAGCCAAACACAGGCGCUCUAAUUGAAUUGAAAUGAAACGUGGCACGAAAAUGAAAGUAUUUUCAUCAAAAUCAAUUUAAACCGCGUUUUAAAUCAAUUUUGUUCAUUUACACUGUUGUUGAAAACAUAAACCCGUGGUAGUUGUCAAGGGGGUCCCAACUUGUAGCUUUGGCCCUGGUGCCAAGGCACCUCCUGCCCCACGCAAGUUACACUGCCGGUGCUCAUUCUGAACCGCAGGUCCUUGGCUGUGACCUUCUACAACCUCCUUUGAUUUCUGCCGGUUGUCCAGGUUGGGCUGUGUUCAUAAUUUCUCCUCUCAAGCUUUUGCCACACACAAGAGUUGGAAUCGUGAAGACGUGAAAAACUAACCUUUUUAUUUUACCAGGUAAGGCCCACUGAGCUAUAUAGCUAUUUUGCAGAAGCGACCUGGUCACAAAUGAUAGCUCAACGAAGCGGCUUAUCACGUGGAAAUGUAUAGAACCAAAAUACUCUAAACGUGGAGGGGAAAAUCAAAGCGAGAACACGCAAACUCCAAACAUAUAAGCGUCAGGGUCUCGAUCGAUUCAACGACAUCCUGUAUACCAGGCGAGGUAGUUAACAUCUCGCCCCAAACUCAGGAUCUUAGCAGCGCCAGCUCAGCGCUCUGACCUGUCAGCCAGCCAACCACAGACAUAUCCUUUCCUUUAUUAGCACGCAUCAUAUUCAAUAUGAUGCUCAGCCAUACAAAUAUACAAACACAGACAUAAUUUCAGCCGUGAUGACGGUUACAAACUGAGUAAUCAUUGGAAAGAUGUGAUUAACCAUGCAAAAAAGAUUUAACUACACUUAUUUGCCCAUCUUAUUUGACAGACAACCAUUACUGUUUUACCAUGUUUAGUGGUGGUCUCCCUGUUACAGGUUGAGUCACAAAUCGCACCUCUCCAUAAGGCUCAGCCUUUGUUAUGCAGUCUAUUCUUAGUCUCAAGCCUCACCUUACCAUAUUAAUAAUAAAGAUGCGGCCCAUGCCCCACCACCUUCUCCAACCAUUAUAUAAACGCAGUGGUAGCUCCUGCAAUCUCUCAUUUACUUGAUACAGCUGUUGUGACUGUGACGGUACCACCUGAAGACGGAAGCUUGUGUUGCCUCCGAAACGUCGUGAUUUUUAUUUUUCUUUUAUUUUUCUUUUAAUGUUUUUACCUACGUGACUUUACCAGAAAAAACCUAAGGAUAUGAAUCAUUGCAGUCACGAAAGCUUCAAAUCUAGAAUUUGGAGCAAGACUUUUUUUUACUUCAACGCUCUGGACAUCUGUGAUAAAGAGCUUUGUAGCUCAUCGGAUUCCUCGAGAAUAUAAUACAUAUUCUGAUUCUGAAUACGUAUUAUAUAUCCUGAAGUAUCAGAAGGGGCCUUUUGCCUUCCUCCACAAAUAUUGAGUUACCAGGAAAGAUGUACUCUCUCUCAAGACUCUAUUUUUAGGAGAGUUCUGCAUGAUGACAAUUGGACAAUGACACUAACGAGUGUGUGGGUUCACGGGGAAGGAAAUGCGAGUACCUGGAGAAAACCUACUGCGCAUGAAGGGGUUAUUCUCAACGCUGUUAUCAAUGAAUAGCACCGUGCCCAUAACAGGCGGAAAGCCAUGGUAAUCACAAAGCCGAGUAUUAACCGGCUUAAAUCCGAGUAACAUCCAGGAGCUGACGAGAUUGGACGCUUACAGGGGGAUUUGGUCAUAUCCAAUAACAAUAUUUUAACAAUGAGAGUCAAAUAAAAUAAAAAUUAGAUAUACACGAAAACGUAACGAAAUACACAAUUGUCAUUUCAGGGCAAAAUGUAUUUGUCGUUGCCAAAAUUGUGGGUGACUGUUUACUGAAAGGACUAUUAUUGUCAACCUGAAAUCACUGCAGAGUUGUAUUUCAAUAAAAAUACCAAAAUGUCAUAGACAAUGUAGAAGAGCAUAACGACUUAAAAUAACGAUACAAAAUAAGUGUUUAUAUAUUUUUAAGUACAUUUACUUUUUACUAAGUAUAAUUUUCAUUAACCAAAUACGCAUCAUGGCUACCACCACAUCGAGAUAAAGUAUGGUAAAUUGGUACUUUGAAUUGCACAUUUCUAGCAGGAAGCAAUGUUAUUUACGUAUUGUGACUAUACAUUUUUUUUGAAAGUCUUCUUUUUACAGUAAGAUUCAUAAACAUUUUAUUCAAAUAUUAAGUUUCAAGAAAAUAGUUUGAGCAAUGCUUGGGGUUGUUGUCUUUACACUUUUCAGAAGCACUUUUCUUCACGCUGGUGAGCUUAGUAAAACAUAUGCAAAUAUAAUCUACUAGCCUUUUGCCCGUCCAAGGACGGGUGUAUUGCAGUAAAUCUGAAACUUGCAAGCGAAAAGCAGACCGCGGCGUGAUAUAUUCAUUGCAACAAUUCGUGUGCAAUUUGUAAGGCCGCGGUGACACAGACUUAUUUCAUCUUAAGGUUAUAAUCCCUUGUUCAUCAUGACGUCCUUUUUACUUCGAUGUCUCAACAGCGUUACGGAGAUCACGUGACGUGAGGGUUCUGCCUUGUGAGUGAGGGUUGUGAGUUGACGCCGAGGAGGGGGGAGGAGGCGCCUCGGCCCCCCAUGUGGAGUGACGUCACCCGCUCAUUAUUAUGAAUGGGGGGGGUCCAUUUGGAGGACGUCACCUUAUAAUGAUUCUUAAUGAGGGGGGAGGGUGUUCCACGUGGAGUGACGUCAGUAGGCUUGCAAAGUACCAUCGUCUUAGAGAAACCAAGCCUACUGGCUAUCAACAAAGAUACGUUCAUGAAGCCAUCCAUAUAUAGAGACACAGACACAAUUUCAACCGAGAGGACGGUUAUAGACUCAGCAAUCAUUGGAAAGAUGUCUUCAACCACUUUGGGUCAUGCCUUGACUUGUGUUUCCUUGUCAAUCAACCUCCACCGUCAGCAGUGUGGUGUGUGGAGCGGGGUGCAGGGAUUUCUUUGCGGCCCUUUGCUGCAUUGGCAUAGCUGCUGAAUUGGCAUUGCUGCUGCAUUGGCAUUGAUGCUGAAUUGGCAUUGCUGCUGCAUUGGCAUUGCUGCUGCAUUGGCAUUGCUGCUGCAUUGGCAUUGCUGCUGCAUUGACAUUGCUGCUGCAUUGGCAUUGCUGCUGCAUUGGCAUUGCUGCUGCAU